AACGCUCAAACCACGUGUCAUGGUUGUAUUUACGUAAUUUCCGGCGUAUGGGAUGUAACUGGACUGCAACAUGUGUGAAAAGUAUAUUUAACAAUGUUGCGCGACGAAAGGAAUUUUGGAUUAGGACUGACUAUUCGGCAGUUGGACAUCCCAGUACCCCUGCCAUGCCUUUUGAAGUAAAGACUCCGUUAUUGCUGCUUUACGGCUCCCAGCAUGGGCAGGCGAAAUCAAUUGCUGAGGACCUCUGUGAACAGGCAGAAGAACAUGGAUUUAUCGCUGAUGCCUACUGUCUGAGCCAAUUAGAUAGGUAUAACUUGGAGAGGGGAACGGCCCCUGUUGUAUUCGUCGUGUCAACCACUGGAGACGGGGAGCCUCCUGACGCUGCCCAUAAGUUUGUCAAGGGCAUUAAAACCAAGGCUUUGCCAAGUGAUCACUAUGCACAUCUGCGCUAUGCAGUUCUAGCCUUGGGUGACUCAAACUAUUCAAAUUUCUGCAAUUGUGGGAAAACAAUUGACAGCCGUCUUCAAGAACUUGGUGGAGAACAUUUCUAUGCAACAGGCUAUGCAGAUGAUGCUGUUGGAUUGGAGUUAGUGGUCGACCCUUGGAUUGAAGGACUGUGGAAGGCGGCAAAGAAAGUGCAAGCAGAAAUGUCAACCUCACAAGACAGUCCUGAGUGUGGAAGUGUGCUUCAAAUCUCAGAUACUGGAACAAAUAAAGAAAGCACCAAAAAUGUGGUGGCGGACUUGAAGCUCGAACUCUUGAGGAUCAGUGAAUCGAAAAAAGAGUCGGAAAAGAGUCCCGAACCUGCCAAAUCAGUGUCUGAGGGCAAGGCUGUUCCCGUGGAGGCCUCUGUGGCACAAUCACUGCCCCCCCUGUCAGAGGCUGCUCUUAAUGUUCCUACACUGCCUGCCCCAUACAUCAAUGUCACGCUUCUGGAUACACCAACAGAUCAGAGAAGUGAUCCAUGUCUUGAAGGAACAUUUCUCCAAGUGAAUGUUUCUAGAGCAUCUCAGCUCACUCGAGAUGAUGCUGUGAAAACAGCCCUUUUGCUUGAACUGGAUAUCUCAGAGCAGCAGAUCUCUUAUGAGCCGGGAGAUUCAUUCGAUGUGGUCUGCCCAAACAAUGAUCAUGAGGUCGAGGAGCUUUUGCAAAGAAUGGGAUUGGAGGAGCAGAAGAACAGCAGUGUUCAGCUUCAGCUGCUCCCAGACACCAAGAAGAAGGCUGCUCAGAUUCCAUCUUACAUUCCCGAGAACUGCACGCUGAAGUAUCUUUUCACCUGGUGUCUAGAGAUAAGGACUGUGCCAAAAAAGGCUUUUCUCAGAGCCCUUGUGGACUGUGCGUCUGACCCCGCUGAGAAGAGACGCCUGCAGGAGCUGUGCAGCAAACAGGGCUCUGCAGACUACAACCGCUUCGUGCGGGACCCUAGCCUCUGCCUCCUGGACCUCCUGCGCGCUUUCUCCUCCUGCUCGCCCCCACUCCACCUCCUCAUAGAGCAUUUGCCGAAAUUGCAUCCGAGACCUUACUCAGCUGCAAGCUCCAGCCUCCGUCACCCCGGGAAGCUGCACUUCGUGUUCAACGUGGUGGAGUUCCCACCGUGUCCUGAGCGUCCCGUGGGGAGAAGAGGCGUGUGCACGGGCUGGCUGUCAGACCUGGUCUCCCCUGUCCUGGGGUCGACUGCUGGGUCCCACGUCCCUCCCAAGGUCUCUGUGAGCCUCCGUACCAACGUCUCCUUCCGCCUGCCCUGUGACCCAGCGGUGCCCAUAAUCAUGGUGGGACCUGGCACCGGGGUGGCACCCUUCAUCGGCUUCCUGCAGCACAGGGAGAAGCAAAGGCAAGAAAACCCCAAUGGUGUAUUUGGAGAGACCUGUUUAUUUUUCGGCUGCCGUCACAAAGAUCGAGAGUUCCUCUUCAGGGAGCAGUUGGAGAGUUUUGUUGAAAAGGGCAUUCUAACAUGCCUGCAUGUGAGUUUCUCCCGGGACUCCCCUGACGGGAACGAGACCAGGACCAGAUACGUGCAGGACAACCUGCUCCUCCAUACCCAACAAGUUGCCAACAUUCUACUACAACAAAAUGGCUGCCUUUACGUGUGUGGAGAUGCCAAGAACAUGGCGAAGGAUGUGAACGAUGUCCUGAUAGAGAUAGUGCAGAAAGAACAGCAGGUGGAUAAACUGGAGGCCAUGAAAACCCUGGCUGGGCUGAGGGACCAAAAGCAAUAUUUGCAGGACAUAUGGAGCUGAUAUGCAGAUGCAACAGAACACUGGUAGUAAAAUUUUUUAGCAUUUUCUUUUAAAACUAAAAACUUUUUAAAAUGUUUUAAAUUGGAAUUCAGAAAAGCCCCUGUAUACUAAUAAUAGCCCGAGUACUCUUUGAUGUGUCACUAAUUAUUGUAAUGGCACCCUUUUACAAGCUGGAUCAAGUGAUUUUGCAUGAUUUAGCCGGGGGGGCAAGCAACUAAAUAUUUACCAUAUCUCCAAGUAAAAAAUAAUGGAUGUUCCAUUUCACAUCCAUUAUUAUAUGGGUUUCUCCCUUAAAUUAUGUCUUAAAGUAUUCUUAAUUUAAGAAUUUUGGCAUAAAAACUUGUGUUGCUGUCUGAAGGAAGAAAUUAAUGUAUGAAUCUCAAGGAACCUUCACCACUGACACAAAGAGAUACAGAUGGUAAGAAAAGUCAUCUCUAUCCAUGUAUAGGCUCUGGCUAAAUUCAAUUGAGAAGAUUCUUACAAAAUAUAUCAUGUAUUCACUCUCUGUACCUUUGACAGCAUAAAAGAUUGUGUGGGUUUCAUAAAUCUACUUUCAGAAGCAAAUUGGACUCCUGCUUUGUUUUGCCUCAUAGAUCUUUUGGAACGUAACAUGAAGCACAUUCUUGUCUGACAUUACACCCAGCUUUUAAAUGUCCCAUUGAUUGAAAUAUUUUCCCAACAGGGCCACAGGUAAAUAACUGACCCUUUUUAUAUAAUGACUCAACAUCCGUCUUUUAUGCACCCUUGCAUGCGAGCAAAUCAAUGGCAUCUUUGUAAAGGGACAAAGCAGUGUUUAUUGCAAAGUAUUGUUGGAUGGACGGAUAUAAUCUGCCCUCCCAAUGCACGUACACAAAUGCACAUCCUAGACAACAAACAGUGUUUGUUUAAUAAGUUUAAUAAUUUAAUUUAUUGUGGGCCUUGCGGCUGUGGCAUACCCAGCUGCAGAACUGGUUCUUUGUGCGGUGAAGCCCAACGUUCUGGCAUCAGAUCCUGAUUAUGCCGGUGGUGAGGGUGGAGGCCUCACCCAGGGAGGCUGGCUUUCGGUCGAUAGGGUGUUCCUCGUCACGCAUUAGCCACUCUGAUGGAUGGUCGGCCUGUAGGAUGUCCAGUCAUCCAGCACCAAAGUGCUUUGGAGGACAUGCAGGCUAGAUUGGGCUCGGCUUUCUCAAACCGACAAUUAUGCUGCAAAAGCACCAGACUACAAUUACAGUUGAGCACUCCAGAUUAGAGAAUAAAUUUGGUCACCUUUGUGGUCUAAGCAUUACUGUUCAACCGUGUGUCCUCAUGUAGUAGUUUUGCUGAUGUAAAUGUACAGCUCUGAUGGUGAGUAUUUUGUGGGCGUAGUAGUCGUUUUUGCCAUCAGAACCACUUCAGUGACACCGAAUAAAAACUGCUGAUUCUAAGUGGUCAUCAUGAAAUAAAAUAAGCAGGGAAGAUAGUACAUGUAGAGUGAUUAGGAGUGAUUGAGCUUUAAAUGAUAGAUGUGUAAUUAAACUGUUCAAGGUGCCUUUCCCUUCACAAUGUGAGUGUGCAGGAUACUGAUUGGAAGAGUUUGGCAUUGAGUGCACUGAGAAUUCAUUCUUUCUCAAGAAAUUCGUUUAUGACUUGCAUGCACAGCCAAGGGCAAAAAGCCUUGUAAUCUUUGUGAGUAUGCUGUACAAAGAAAGUUAUCUGGGAGAGCAAGCUUUUGAAUGAAAAUGUGAA